GUUAUUUUAAUUUGCUUGAAGGAGAGGCUAAAUGUACGGCUAAGUGUCUUGUUUAUAGUUUAGCCCCCUGUUGCAGUGGCACUGUGUUCAAUGCGUUUCCAAGUGCGCACGACCAGUCUGCAGCAGCGCUCCGCAGACCUUUUGCCAGGCAUCUGGCUGCUCUGCGUUAAUUCCUGGAGGUGCAGCUUUUCGCGCUAUCAUCCACCAACAGGUGGCUAAGUCGACUGGGAAAGAAAAUCCGCGGGAAAAAAAACCCUGCGGAAAACUGGACUCGUUUCUGAACCUGGUGUAAUUCACCGAGCAAACUUCGUUGUCGCUUGUUUUUCGUCUCCAGGAUGUGUUGCGCGUCGAGCUGAAUGCGGUGAGCGCCGGUCUGCGUUUUUUCCCCACACAAGACCGAAUGGAAGUCGUGAUGUAAACUGAUUAAAUCUGGAUGUACAGUGGGGAUACUGUCAAUUCUCCAAAAUGAUGUGGAAGGCAGCAGACUACACUUAAAACUAAAUAAAGACGGACUGGCAUCAUCUGGCACUGACGCUUAAACCAGCAGGGUCUUUCUGCAAAUCCAUACUGCAGGGGGAAAGCACAUUCAAGAAGUUGAGGCGAAUGAUUUUUUUCUAAAAAGGAACAGCAUUGAUCUCCAUGAGCGCAGUCCAAAUGCCCAACAUCUCAAAGUGUGAACUCCCCCGGCUUGGCAGCAGCUGUAGCAGAGUUUGCCGAGUGCUGGUAGGCUGAACCCCAGGGAGAUGUCACAGCUGUACUACCGGCGGACUGACAGCUCCUCCUACCGGGACCGCAUCCCGCUGAGAAUAGUGCGGGCCGAGUCGGAGCUGUCGCCAUUGGAGAAAGCCUACCUCGGAGCUGUGGAGAAGGGGGACUACGCUAGUGUCAAACAGGCGCUGGAGGAGGCAGAGAUCUACUUCAAGAUCAAUAUCAAUUGCAUCGACCCUCUCGGCCGAACGGCUCUGCUGAUUGCCAUUGAGAACGAGAACCUGGAAAUCAUUGAACUCUUACUGAGCUUCAACGUCUAUGUCGGUGAUGCUUUGCUGCACGCCAUCCGCAAGGAAGUGGUGGGAGCUGUGGAGCUGCUGCUUAAUCACAAGAAGCCCAGCGGUGGCAUGCAGGUGCCUCCUAUCUUAUUGGACAAGCAGUUCUCUGACUUCACCCCUGACAUCACUCCCAUCAUCCUCGCUGCACACACAAACAACUAUGAAAUUAUUAAGCUUUUGGUGCAGAAAGGCGUGUCAAUGCCGCAGCCACAUGAGGUGCGCUGUAACUGUGUGGAGUGUGUUUCUAGUUCAGACGUGGACAGCCUGCGGCACUCGCGCUCCCGCCUCAACAUCUACAAAGCGCUGUCAAGCCCCUCGCUAAUUGCGCUCUCGAGCGAGGACCCCUUCCUCACUGCAUUCAGGCUCAGCUGGGAGCUGCAGGAGCUCAGCAAGGUGGAGAACGAGUUUAAGUCAGAGUAUGAGGAGCUGUCACAGCAGUGUAAGCAGUUUGCCAAAGAUCUCUUGGACCAGACAAGAAGCUCCAGAGAGCUGGAGAUGAUCCUCAACUACAGAGAUGACAUCAACUUAUUGGAGGAGGAGGGCAACAACGACCUGGCAAGACUCAAACUAGCUAUCAAGUACCACCAAAAAGAGUUUGUAGCGCAGCCAAACUGCCAGCAGCUUUUGGCGUCCCGGUGGUACGAUGAGUUCCCCGGCUGGAGGCGGCGCCAAUGGGCAGGGAAGUUCAUCACCUGUGUCUUCAUCGGCCUCCUCUACCCUGUGUUUGCUGUCUGCUACCUCAUCGCUCCUAAGAGUCGCCACGGCCUCUUCAUCCGCAAGCCCUUCAUCAAGUUCAUCUGCCACACGGCUUCCUACCUGACCUUCCUCUUCCUGCUGCUCCUCGCCUCCCAGCACAUUGUCACCACAGAGCAGGAUAGGCAGGAUAGGCAGGGUCCAGCACCCACCACCGUGGAGUGGAUGAUCCUGCCCUGGGUGCUGGGAUUCAUCUGGGCAGAGAUCAAACAAAUGUGGGAUGGUGGUUUCCAAGACUACGUCCAUGACUGGUGGAACUUGAUGGACUUUGUCAUGAACUCUCUGUACCUGGCCACCAUUUCCCUUAAGAUUGUAGCCUACACUAAGUACAGUGGUAGUAAACCAAGGAACCAGUGGGAGAUGUGGCACCCAACACUAGUGGCUGAGGCAGUGUUUGCCAUAGCCAACAUUUUCAGUUCCCUGCGCCUCAUCUCGCUGUUCACUGCCAACUCUCACCUGGGGCCACUGCAGAUCUCUCUGGGAAGAAUGCUGCUGGACAUCCUGAAGUUCCUCUUCAUCUACUGUCUGGUUCUACUCGCUUUUGCUAACGGGCUGAACCAGCUAUACUUUUACUAUGAAACAAAGGCUUCAGAUGAGAGGGGGAAAUGCAAAGGCAUCCGCUGUGUGGAGCAGAAUAACGCUUUCUCCACGUUAUUUGAGACGCUGCAGUCUCUCUUCUGGUCGAUCUUUGGUCUGAUCAACCUGUACGUGACCAACGUGGAUGCAGACCAUCAGUUCACCGAGUUUGUCGGGGCCACAAUGUUCGGCACCUACAACAUCAUCUCACUGGUGGUGCUCCUUAACAUGCUGAUAGCCAUGAUGAACAACUCCUACCAGCACAUUGCAGACCAUGCCGACAUUGAGUGGAAGUUUGCUAGGACAAAGCUUUGGAUGAGUUACUUUGAAGAAGGGGCCACUCUGCCGGCCCCGUUCAACAUCAUCCCCAGCCCCAAAUUAUUCUUGUACUUUUUAUGCUGGAUCAAAAGGCAAGUGUGCAAGAGGUCAAGAUCCAAGCACACUGAAACCUUUGGAAAUCUCGGGAGGCGAGCAGCAGAGAACCUGAGGAUAAACAAUCAGUAUCAGGAGGUAGUGAGGAACUUGGUGAAGCGGUAUGUGGCCGCCAUGAUUAGAGACGCCAAGACAGAAGAAGGCCUGACUGAAGAGAACUUCAAGGAGCUGAAACAAGACAUUUCCAGUUUUCGAUAUGAGGUGAUGGGCAUGAUGAAGACAGGGAAGCCCGCUCUACAAGUGGCAAAGGCCAGUGGCAGCUCAGCGGAGUCCAGCCUUGCUCACCCAAACUCCUCGCUCAUGGUUUCUCCCCCCGUGCAGAGAAGCCAGGGCAAAAGCAAACAAAACAGAUUCAAGAUCAUCGCAUCCAUCCUGAAGCAGAGUAGUUCUUCAGCUUCACCGAGGCCGCCUGAGGCCUUCAACGGACUGCCUAACGGACUUGUGGUCUCCGAUGAGAGCUCAAGCAAAAAGUCAAGCCACAAGAGAAAUUCCCCCAAAGAUGUCAUUGACUUUGGCUUGUUCCAGACACGCCACUGGGGCAGCAAUGAAGCCACAUCCAGUGCAGGAGAGAUUUCCAGAGAGAUGUACUCUUUGUCAGAAGAAGCAGGGGAGUCCGAGGUUUCAGACGCGCAGCAGCGAGACAAAGAGCCAAAGGACAUAGGUGAGAGAGGACUCGUGCAGACAGAGAAGGAGGGGGAAGCUGCAGUAAAUGAGGCCACGGAUGAAAACCAUGAGGUCACCAACACCAACAUCAGCUCGGAUGAAGGUGGGAAAAUAUGAACUAAUGAAAAGGAUAAAGAGAGGUUAACCUGCAGUGACUCAGUAGCUAUUGGAUGUUUGUCAGGGUCAUCCAGAAAAGAAGAGUAAGAUGUGAACUACCUGAAUAAAUAACCAGGCUUAGUCAUGUUGGAAUGAAGACUGACAAUCAAUGUGAGCUUCAAACGAGGAUGAUUUUAAUUGCAAAGAGUCCAGUUAUUAUACAAUAAUGAUCAGGCUUGAUCUUUGGAGACUCAGGGAGGCAUUUGGUUUCUGUUUUAAAUAUAUUAGCAGUGGAGAUGCAGCAAAGGUAAAAGGAGCUCUGGGGGAGCACGCCAUGGAUUUAGAUCUUAGGAUACAUAGUUUUCAUCUUAUCUCAUCCCUGAUGAUUGGAAGUAAUUAUUUUUCUGAAACUGAUCAUUUCUCCCUUACCUGAUGUGUGCCCUUCAUUUAAAGUUAUAUACUCACUCCCUCUCCUUCACCAAUCUCUCUCUACCUCUUUUGAUUUCUGUUUAUCUCUACACCGCUUAACUCCCUGUCUCCCUUACCUCACUAGAGCAAUAGAUGUGUUCCGUUAUAGACCCAACUCUCUGCCUUACUUUGUCCGUUUCUGCACUUUGCACACUUUACACUGGCAUACAGUAUCUCAAAGAUGUGCCGCGCUCUGAUCAUGCAACAACAAUUCUGUCAAUGUUUUUCUAUGCAAAAACCUGGGAUUGUGAUACUCAUUAUUCAGAAGAGGACACUAACACGUUCACUGGUGAUAGUUCAUGACCAGUAUUCUCGUAUGUAAAGUAGAUAACACAGAAUAAUGAGAUAAACACAAUAUGAACACAGCCUGUAAACCAUUAAAAGAAACAUAUUAUUCAUGUUUUCUCACUCCUACAGAAAAUAAAAUGUUAUUUUGAAGACAUUUACUGUUUUUAACUUGUACCUUUUAGAUGUCCUGUUAGUUUGAAUGAAUGAUGUUAGAUGAUAGAGAUUAAAACAUGAAUCAUGUAUACUC